AUGGACCCGCUGGUUUGGGUGCAGCGCGCAGGAGAGAAGGACCUUGUAUAUAGUUUCGAAUUCUGCCCCAAACUGCAUACCAUCACUCUUGUGCCAAGAAGUACUGACGACGCUCAUGAUGCUGUUUCUCCACGUGUCCCAAGUGCGCCACCUCUUGAUCCUGAGCCCAAGUGUGCCUUGCCCCUUGUACUACUGUCGCGCAUAAUCGUGAAAAAAAGUCGAAAUUCAAAAAUGGUCGUUCUUGAGGCGGUGCAAAAGGGCAACGAACAAAAAGGGCAAACAGAAGUAAAAAGAGGAAAAAGCAGACUUGGGAAAGGUGGGAAGCCGGCUCGAAGCUUGCUUGCAUGUGUGUGGAGGGAGGAGGUGGAUUCGGGAAAGUGUCGAGGCGUGGUGCGAAAGUCUAAAACUGGGCAGCGUGAGCCAGGAAAGCGCUGUGACAAGGCGGAAAGCGGAGGAGACGACACGCAACCGCGCCGCCGGUGGGGCAGUGAAUACGGCUGA